AUGUUCCUGAUUAAAAACGGAGAAGUCGCCAUCGUCGGACACGGCGAGGAGGACUAUAUGUACUUACCUAUGAAGCGCUACGUCUACAGCCAAGUCGCUGGGGUGUGGCUACGCCUGCACUUGGAGACUGCUACCUGGUACGAAGCAGGAAUGCGCUGUACCAUAGAAGGUGGGGUCCUGGCUUCUCCGACGACCAGCACCUUGGCCCAAAAGAUGGUUUCCAUGAUGGCCGAGCAAGACCAGCAGAUGGCGUACGCAGUGUUUACCGGAAUAAACUCAGUUUCACAUAGGGGAGACUUUACUUCCCUUGAUGACAGCCGUCGUCACCGCAGCCCCAAUCAAGGCGGCGGCGCAGCCAGAGCGGGCAAGAGCGGGCUCCGCGGGCUCUUCUUCCACGCUGAGAAGUCCUCGCCAAGAGUGCCGCUAUCCUCGAUCCCGGUGAGCUGGGCCCCCGGUCAGCCGGACAACGUGGACUUAGACGAGGACUGCGUGUUGCUGACGAGCGCGGGCAAGCUGGCCGACAUCAGAUGUCAGAGUAAGCUGCCAUACUUCUGCCGCAAGGAUAACGCUCAAAUGUGUGGCACCCAGGCCAAAGGGUUUGCGUGGAAGCCUCGUACCGGCAGCUGCUACAAGUUUCAUCGCAUCGCGAAGACCUGGAAUGACGCCAGGAGCACGUGCCAAGCCGAGGGCGGACAUCUGGCCGUCAUCAACAGCGACAUUGAAUCCACGGUGCUCAACGAGAUUUUUUCGAAGAACCCUAGUAACACGAUUAUUGGGACAGAUUCGUUGGCUGGUGCAGAAGAUUUCGCCCUUCUUGGUUUUGAAUGGAACGGCGAGGAAUGGGUCACUAUAAAUGGUAAAACCCUUACUGAGGCUGGAUUCGCGACGUGGAAGAAAGGAGAGCCCAACAGGGCAGUACAAGUUCUUCAUCAUCAUCGUGGUUCUGAACAAUGUGGUUCCUUUUAUCGAGACGGAGGGUUGAAUGACAUUGGUUGCAAGAGGAAAUUCGCGUUCAUCUGCGAAUUGACACCUAUUUUAAAAACUAUUGAUGAUACGCCGGCGCAAACUCAGGACACGAAUACUAAAGUACACUUUGGGUUUGCGUGGGAGCCUCGUACCGGCAGCUGCUACAAGUUUCAUCGCAUCGCGAAGACCUGGAAUGACGCCAGGAGCACGUGCCAAGCCGAGGGCGGACAUCUGGCCGUCAUCAACAGCGACAUUGAAUCCACGGUGCUCAAAGAGAUUUUUGCGAAGAACCCUAGUAACACGAUUACUGGGACAGAUUCGUUGGCUGGUGCAGAAGAUUUCGCCCUUCUUGGUUUUGAAUGGAACGGCGAGGAAUGGGUCACUAUAAAUGGAUGUCAGUACGCAGCCGGCAGUCCGGUGAGCGUCGCGGAGUACGAGUACGUACGCGAGGCGGACGCGUGGCUGCGCUUGCACAUCGUGCCCGCUGCCUGGUCAGACGCCGCCGUCCGCUGCCAACUCGAAGAUGGUGUGUUGGCAUCUCCCACGUCCAGCGCAAUUGCGCGGACGAUGCUGGACGUGAUGGACAAGCACAGACUGGUUUCAAACAGCGUGUUCAUCGGAGCAACGAGCCUGUUAUCCAAAGGAGACUUCAAGUCGUUGGACGGAGAGAAUCUUGCUGACAGCUUGGAUUGGGCCUGGGGCGAGCCGGACAACGCCGACGACGCCGAGGACUGCUUGUCGCUGACCGGCGCGGGCACGCUGGCCGACGUCAACUGCGCUAGAGUGCUGCCCUACUUUUGCCGCAAGACUGUCCACAACUGCUCCUCCGACAAUGAAAUCACAAGUCCCACACCUAGGCUGGGAACAUGCAACGAUCGGUCUGACUACAAAUGGGAGACAAGCACCGGCAGCUGCUACAAGUUCCACGGCGUAUCGAAACAAUGGCGCCUCGCCCUGGCCACGUGCCACGCCGAGGGCGGACAUCUGGCCGUCAUAAACAGCGACACCGAGUCCGGUGUUCUCAAGAACCUUUACAAUUACAAGUAUUCCGACACAGACACAAUCACUGGAGCGGAUCAACCAAAACAUGCAUUAAUUGGCUUCAGCAAAUAUGAUGAUGGCGCGUGGGCAACGGUAUUUGGCGAGACGGUCACCGAGGCCGGAUUCGCGGACUGGGACGAAGGCGAGCCAAGCAACGGCAAUGGAGCAGGGAACGAAUACUGCGGCUCCAUGCACCUUAACGGGCUGCUCAACGACGCUUCCUGCUCCAAGAACUCGCCGUUCAUUUUUUUAUUUAUGGGGUGUCAGCACGCAGCGGGCAGUCCGGUGAGCGUCCCGGAUUACGAGUAUGUGCGCGAGGCGGACGCGUGGCUGCGCCUGCACAGCGUACCUGCUGCCUGGUCAGACGCCGCCGUGCGCUGCCAACUCGAAGGUGGAAUGUUAGCGUCUCCUACGACCAACGCCAUGACUGCAGCAAUGCUGGACGCGAUGAAAAAACACAAACUUGCCUCAAACAGGGUCUUUAUUGGAAUAACAGACAUUCGAUCCAGUGGAAAGUAUGAGUUUUUGGAUGGAGAGGAUCUACCCGUUGACCUAGAAUGGGUUGCGGGAGAUUCGUACGAGUUCGAAACCACUUACUGCCUGGAGCUGACCGACACGGGCAAGCUGACUUUCACCAGCUGCUCGCGAGAACUGCCUUACUUCUGCCGGAAGAGUACCCACAACUGCCCCUCCAGUCCUUCCACCGAAGGUUAUGCCGACAACUACAGCUAUUAUCCUGACGAUGAUGCUGAUGCUGACGCUGACGAUAUUAAAAAUUAUCAGUAUGAAAUUCCUACAUCAUCAUCGGCGCAGGAGUGCGAUAGCAAUGGAUACGAAUGUGAGCCCCGCACCGGCAGCUGCUACAAGUUCCACCGGGCCGCGAGGCCCUGGCGCUCCGCCCUGUCCACCUGCCACGCCGAGGGAGGACAUCUAGCCAUCAUCAACAGCGCCACCGAAUCUACAGUUCUCAAGGAACUGUACGAACAGAACAACCACACUGUGAUUACUGGGACACGGAAUCCUUAUUAUGCCUCGAUUGGGUUCAGGAAGAGGGGUGGCGAGUGGGUGACUGUACUAGGAGAAACGCUCGCCGAGGCUGGUUUCGAAGAAUGGUCCCCCGGCGAACCCAACGCCCUAGGAGAAGAGAACUGCGGAACCAUGUACUGGGAUGGACUCCUCAACGACGCCCCGUGCGGCUCGCUGUUCCCAUACAUCUGCGAGAAAACCCCGAAAAUUAAUGAUUUUGACUUCAUACCUUACACAAACCAACAGUGAAAGCUAGAUUGACACCAAAUCUGACCGCUUUGCAUUCUCGCUUCAAGUAUACAGUCGACAGCGCAGGUCAUUCUAUUCGGUCUGAUAUUACUAACCUACUGCGAUAUUGUAUUCGGUUCCCGCGAUAAUUAUUCAUGAAUCAAAAUUAUAUUUGAACGGUAUACUUACUGCGUAUAAUGAAUUUAGCUUAUGAUACGUUACUACUCGUAUUUUGAAUGUAUAACCUCAAAUAGGUAAAUUAAAAAUAAUUAUUAUUACACAUUGUAAUUUUG